AUGGCGCACACCGAGCAGACGGCACGCAAGUCUACCGGCGGCAAGGCGCCGCGCAAGCAGCUGGCCACUGAGGCAGCUCGCAAGAGCGCGCCGGCCAUGGGCGGCGUUAAGAAGCCUCACCGCUACCGUCCGGGCGCGGUGGUUCCUCACGAAAUCCGCCGCUGCCAGAAGAGCACGGAGCUGCUCAUUCGCAAGCUGCCGUUCCAGUGUCUGGUGCGCGAGAUUGCGCAGGACUUCAAGACGGACCUGCGCUUCCAGAGCAGCGCUUUCAUGACUCUGCAGGAGGCCAGCGAGGCGUACCUGGUCGGUCUGUUUGAGGGCACGAACCUGUGCGCCAUCCACGCCAAGCGUGUGACCAUCAUGUCCAAGGAAAUCCAGCUGGCGCGCCGCAUUCGUGGCAAGCGUGCUUAA